AUGGAAUUGGAUCGUCAACAUCGUCUAAGCAAUCAAACUGCUGUUGCUGCGGCUGUUAGUUGUGGCGGCACUAGAAGCGCUAGGCACGGCAUGAAUUUGGAUGAUGAUGAGGCGGCUGGCGUACAAGCAGCUGCGGGAACGAUCAGCGACGAGCCGCCACCACCCAGCUACGAUGAAUGGCUUAGGUUGCUGCAACAGAAGAAGUUUCUUGGG